AUGACAAAGCUCAAGAGCGUGGCGUCCACGGUGGGGGCGGCGGAGGAGUGCGCGGGGAGCGCUCGGCAGAUUGCCCCGUCGCCGAUGAAGCUGCUGGUGCGCGUCGUGGAGGCGCGGGGCCUGCUGGCGGUGCACGUCAACGGCACCAGCGACCCCUUCGUCAAGCUGCAGCUCGGCAAGCGCCGGGCCAAGACCACCGUCGUCAAGAAGAACCUCGCCCCCGUCUGGGACGAGGAGUUCAGCUUCCUCGUCGGCGACGUCACCGAGGAGCUCGCCGUGUCCGUGCUCAACGAGGACAAGUACUUCAGCAACGACCACCUCGGCAGGGUCAAGGUGCCCCUCUCCCAGGUCAUGGACACCGACGGCCUCUCCCUCGGCACCGCCUGGUACCAGCUCCAGCCCAAGAGCAGCAAGUCCAAGAGGAAAUGCCGCGGGGAAAUCUGCCUGCGCAUAUCCCUGUCCACACGAACGCACAUGUCCGAAGAAUUGCAACCUCUACCGCGCCCCACUUCGGACGGCGUAUCAUCCAGUUCAGACAGGUCAAUCGGGACCAAACGUGGAGCUCUGUCAACCACCAACAGCUACAUUGACCUCUCAGCCGUGGCCAGCUUGGACCGAGGAUCACAGAGCAGCUUCGAACGAUCCGCGGAUAGCUUCGUGGACCAGCCACCCCGGAGCAGCAUCGAACAAGCAGUCACCGAGCCUGGAACGGCCGCUGAAACUGAUGCGACGGCCAACACGUCGUCGAUGGUGGAGGUCUUGUCUCGCUAUUUCUUUCGGAAACCUGUCGACGCCGUUGUGCCUGCAGUUGUCUCCGACGCUGAGUCGGUGGUGGAUCAGUCCCCAGAGCCGAAAGUGUGCUCUGAAGAACGUGAAAGUCCUGAGAACCGCACGCCACCUGAGUCGAGCCUUGAUGAGCUACUGAAAAUCAUGGAGUCCAAAGAUCAAGGCGCUGAAAUGCCAGCCAAGCUGUCUAACGGCGUUCUGGUUGACGAAUCUUACGUCACUGCACCAGCCGGACUGAAUACGCUCUUGUUUUCUCCAAAUUCAGAUUUCUGGCCGGCAGUAGCAGAACUUCAAGGAACAAGUGGAUUUCAGAUUGAACCAUGGAAGAUCGAUAGCAACGAUGGUUGUUUGCGAAGAACAUUAACUUACAUAAAAGCAGCGAGUAAGCUGGUUAAAGCUUGCAAGGCCACAGAAGAGCAGAAAUACUUGAAAGCAGCUGGGAAUUCUUUUGCUGUUUUGUCUAUUGUUAGCACUCCUGAUGUUCCUUGUGGAAAUUGUUUCAAGAUAGAGAUAUUGUACUCUAUAACGCCAGGUCCCCAGUUAUCAUCUGAAGAGCAAACAACACAUCUUACUGUAAGUUGGCGGAUCAACUUUGUUCAGAGCACAAUGAUAAAAGGAAUGAUUGAAAAUGGGGCAAAACAAGGCAUGUCAGAAGGUUAUGCACAAUUUUCUGAAGUACUGUCCCAAAAGUUUAAAAUAGCUGAGCUUGAUGAUGCUAAUGCAAGCAAAGCAAAGAUUUUAGCUUCACUGCAUACACAAAAAGAACCGAGCUGGAGGCUGAUUGUCCGCUUCCUCGGGAACUUCACAUUCAUAGUCUCUGUUAUCGUGGGGCUAUAUAUUAUAGCACACCUUCAUUUAUCAAAGCCCAAAGCGAUGAAUGGGCUUGAGUAUUUUGGCAUUGACCUUCCCGAUUCAAUUGGAGAGGUCGUGGUUUGUGCUGUGUUGAUCCUUCAGGGACAGAAUAUCAUGAAAGUAAUGAAGCGCUUUUCGAAUGCAUGGAAACAAAGAGGUAGUGAUCAUGGAGUCAAAGCUCAUGGAGAUGGUUGGAUACUGACUGUUGCACUUAUUGAGGGCAGUGGUAUAGUAAUUGGUGGUUCCUCUGGCUUAUUUGAUCUUUAUGCUGUUUUUACUUGCAAUGCGAAGAGGAAAACAAGCUCAAUUAAAUUCCACACCUCUGAUCCAAAAUGGAAUGAGAUAUUCGAAUUUGAUGCAAUGGAUGAUCCACCAUCAAGGAUGGAUGUGGCUAUUCAUGAUUCUAAUCGAUCCGAUGGAGAUCCCAUUGGUCACGCUGAAGUGAACUUUCUGACAAGCAGUUUGUCAGAUUUAACUGACAUAUGGGUUCCUCUAGAUGGGAAGUGUGAUCCAGCAAGCAAUCCUAAGCUACACUUAAGAAUCUUCUUGAACAACUCAAGAGGAACUGAAGUUGUCAUGAAUUACCUGUCAAAGAUGGGGAAAGAAGUCGGUAAGAAGAUAAAUUUGCGGUCAGCUCAAACAAAUUCAGCAUUCCGGAAGCUUUUUAACCUCCCUCCAGAAGAGUUUCUCAUUGAUGAUUUCACCUGCCAUCUAAAACGGAAGAUGCCACUGCAGGGGCGUCUCUUUUUUUCUCCAAGAAUAAUUGGAUUCUACUCUAAUAUAUUUGGUCACAAGACGAAGUUUUUCUUUUUGUGGGAAGACGUUGAUGAUAUCCAGGUUAUCCCUCCUACACUGUCAAUUGGCAGCCCAUCCUUGAUGGUCAUCCUGAGAAAGGAUAGAGGGUCAGAAGCAAAACAUGGUGCCAAGGGAACAGAUAGCAAUGGAAGACUGAAGUUCCAUUUUCAGUCCUUUGUUUCGUUCGGUGAUGCUCACAGAAUAAUUAUGGGGAUUUGGAAAAUGCGGUCACCGGGUCCAGAACAGAAGGGGGAGAUAAUGGAGGAGUCUGAACUGAAAGAACUCCCGGCCGAAGAAUCAGGGUCCUUAUUUAGCCAUGAAGAUGUCAAAAUGUCUGAAAUAUUCUCGUCAGUUCUCUCUGUGGACGUUGAGUCCUUGAUGGAGAUGUUUUCAGGAGGUCAGUUGGAACACAAAGUGAUGCAAAAGACUGGCUGUAUGGAUUACUCGUCAACAGAAUGGGAACUUGUAAACAGAAAUAUAUACCAGCGGCAAAUCAACUACAAGUUUGACAAAGCAUUGUCUCGAUCUGGAGGAGAAGCAAGCACCACUCAACAGAAGUAUGCCCUAGUGAACCAAGAUGGGUGGGCCAUUGAAGAGGUGAUGACACUCCAAGGUGUUCUACUUGGGGACUACUUUAGUCUCCAGCUAAAGUACCAUAUGGCGAACGUGCCAGCGAAACCAAACACCUGCAGUGUGCAGGUUUUGUUGGGGAUUGCCUGGUUAAAGAGCACCAAGCAACAAAAGAAGGUCACAAAAAAUAUCAUGUCGAAUACCUCUAAUAGAUUGAAGGAGCUAUUUUCUGAAGUCGAAAAGGAUCUUACGUCAAGAAACGGCAAGAAUGACACUGAUUUUUCUAGGAAGUCGUCGAAAAAGGAGGCCGCCGCCGCGAACCAGCUCGCCGAGGAGGAGGCCAAGCACGCCGAGGACGCCACGGUGGCGGAGGCGAUCGCUAGGCCGCUCAACGACAAGGUUCCCGCCGACAACGCGCUCCCCAUCGACGCCGCACUCGACUGGUCCAGGCGGGACUGGGAGCGGCAGGAGGUGGAGCAACAUCGUCGCCUGCUACGCGGCAACGCGCCGUCCGCGCCGCCGCAUCGGCCGCCGCAACAAACAUCGCGCCCAAGCCCGUGCCGCUGA